AUGUCAAAAAAAGCAGUUGUGGAGUUAGUGGAUUUAAAAUUUUCAAAAAAGCGGACCGAGUAUUCUGACGACAUUGGCGACGAAAGUGGACAUGAUUGCGCGCGAUCUGGAGAAGAGAAGGCACUGCCUGCGGAUACCACCAAUCCGGGGGCGGCCCUCUCUUCUGUUGUUGAAAGAAGUAGCUGCACUGUGGCGGCUGCAACGCCCCGAAAGGGGAUAGGGAAGCGUGGGUCGAUGAAAGACCCAGAACCACUGGUUCCUAGCGGCAAGGACCAGGGGUUGAAGGUUCAGGCACCCAGCACAUACAAGGCUAUGGCUGGAGGAAGCCUGGAAAAAGGGGCGAAAGACCUGCAAAGGCCAGUGGAGGGGACGGUGGUGCUCAUGUCGGAGUCAGAAUCUGACUGCUCCGGGAUGGACACUGCCAUCUCCUUUUCUGAUGGAGGAUCCGUCGCUGGUGAAAAGCGGCGUAAAAAGAGGAGUGCCCCGGAGCCUGAUAGUAGUGGCGAGUCGUGUGCUAGCUCUGUUAUCGCUCCAAAGAGCACUGCCAAGCGAGGCAGAGGUAGACCGCCCACCACUGGGCACUACGUCGGCCUUGCAAAGGCUAAGGAGGCCCUGGUCAGCGCACAACGAGCUGAACUGGAGUUACAGGACGAGACAGAGGUCCUACAAUCGACCAGAGAGCUCGCAGCAGUGCCCGCAGACUCUCUCGAGAAAAGGGUGGAGAGCGGCGUCAAAGUCAUCUUAGAGGUCGCUCGAAGAUCUAAGAAUCUCAAGGGCACGUUUGUCAGCGCCCUUAAGAAAGCUGCCACGCAGAUCGAGCAAGCCGUGGCAGCAUUGUCAGAGAGGACCUGCGACGAGGAGGUGAAGGUUCUGCGCUCCGAAAACGCAGAGUUACGCAGAAGGGUGGAAAGUCUCGGCGAAGAAAUGUUCAAGCUCCGAGAGGAUCUUGGACGUCUCUCCGCGGAGCGCACACGCACCGAUGCGUGCGUUUCGCAAUCGGAGGAAGGGAGUAUGGCGGAUCAGCGGUCAGCCAUACUGAGUGAUAUUGAUCAUAUGAUCGAUAUCAAGCUGGCCAGGCUGGAAAGCCGCCUACUCCCACCGUCGGCGUUCCGUCCGCCCCUACAAGCGGACCUGAAUAAGCUUGCUUCGCAGGCAAGUGGAGCCAAAGCCUCAACUGCCAAUGCAGCCAAAGCCUCAACUGCCAAGGCAGCCAAAGCUCCGACUGCAAAGGCAGCCAAAAAGGCUGCGACCACGGCUGACCCUCCCACCCCAACGCCCACACGUGGCAAAGCGACCCCUUCACAGGGGACGCAGCCACCAGUGGAGACGUGGAGCGAGGUGGUGCGGAAGGGCAAGAAGGGCAAAAAGGCGCGCAAAGCCGAAGCCGCACCCACAGCCCAGACUACUCCCAGCCAGCCUCCGGCGAGCCAUGUAGGCACUACAAGGCCGCGCGGAAAGGCAAGGCCAAGUGAGGUGAGAGGCAAUGGGAAGGCUAAGGCUCUUUUGCGCCCUCCAAGAUCCGCGGCGGUAACCCUGACCUUACGGCCAGAAGCAAGUGAGGAGGGCAUGACAUAUGCCAAAGUCCUCACAAAGGCGAGGCUAGAGGUGGACCUCAAACAACUUGGGAUUGAUGGUCUCCAUUUCAGAAGGGCUGCCACGGGGGCUCGGGUCCUUGAAAUCCCCGGAAAGGAGAGUGGGGACAAGGCCGAGCUCCUCGCAGCGAAGCUUAGAGAGGUCCUCCCGGAGACCGUAAGGGUGGCUCGCCCUAUGAGAUGCGCGGACGUGCUCAUUUCAGGGUUGGAUGACUCUACCUCAGCGGAGAGUAUCACAGCUGCUGUGGUAGAGGCUGGGAAAUGCUCUGCUGAGCACGUUAGAGUCGGGCCUAUAAGGGUCGGAGUAUUUGGCGUGGGCAGCGCGCUCGUAGAGUGCCCUGUCGAAGCGGCCAAAAUACUAGUGGACGGUGGGAGACUCCUAGUCGGAUGGAGCGCAGCCCGGGUGCGAGCACUGGGGCCUAGGCCAAUGAAGUGUUAUAAAUGCUUCGAAAUUGGGCAUACUGGGCUCCAGUGCCAAUCGCAAAUAGACCGCAGCCGGAACUGCUUCCGGUGCGGACAGGAGGGACACAUGUCGUCGACAUGUACCGGCGACCUCCACUGCCCCAUUUGCAAGGCUGCAGGGAAACCUGCAAACCACGCAACUGGGGGUCGGAAGUGCGCUCGGCCGAAGCGUGGCAAGAAAGGGACUGCCAGGACCCCAGCCCCUAGCCAAAUCUCGAGGGAGCCGCCACAGGAGGCGAUGGCGACCGGUUAG